AUGCAUCAGUCAUGCAGGACCUUUGGAAAUCUAACGAAGGAGAUGUUUGUGAAGAAAUUGGCAGAGAAGAACGCGAUACCGAUGCACCCGCGGCUGUCGAAAGCGCCGUCGAAUAUGUCGGUCCUAAUCCCUCUACUGGAUGUGAAAUCAACGCCAUCUGUGCUGUUCACCAAACGUUCCAUUCAUCUGAAAAGUCAUCGCGGUGAGGUUUGCUUCCCAGGUGGUAGAAUGGAGGACGGGGAAUCUGCUGAAGAGGCGGCUCUCCGAGAAACUCACGAAGAAAUUGGUGUGGAGCCGAAAUCAGUGGAAAUAUGGGGUCGUCUGAAGCCGGUGUUCACACGAACGAUGACCACAACGGUGGUGCCGAUCGUUGGAUGCAUUGCUUACGAUGCUUUGAAAACUGAACACGUUAAUAAAAGAGAGGUGAUUUUAUUUCUAAAUAUUAUAAUGCAACAAAAUUUGGCGAGAAAUGAUCUGAUGUGGGUUCAAACACUGUUUUCCGUUCCAUUAGAAGAACUAUGCCGAUCGACAGGAUACACACGAUUUUUGUCAAAAAAGGCUGAAUACGCACUGCCAGUGUUUUUUAGCAAGAAUUUUACGGUAAUUUCACAUAAUACGGACGAGUUUCUGCCACGUGAAUUCCGUAUCUGGGGUUUGUCAGCGAUUAUGCUCCAUCAACUGCUUCUUAUCAUUUUAUCAUAG